UUCUGUCAUGGAACAAAGUGCAGAAAUUCUUUUUACUUUGAGUCCAAGUGAAGUUCUGAAUCUGAAGGAAGGUAUUAAUUUCUUGAGAAAUAAGGAAUAUGGCAAAAAUUAUAUCAUAUUUAAGGAUAAGCAUUCCAUGCGAGCAUGUAAAAAUAUGUGCAAACACCAAGGAGGACUAUUUGUGAAGGAUAUUGAGGACUUAGAUGGCAGAGUUGUCAAAUGCUCAAAGCACAACUGGAAGUUAAAUGUCUGCUCUAUGAAGUAUGUCAACCCUCCUGACAGCUUCGAACAGGAUGAAUUAGUCAUAGAGGAGACAGAUGAUGGAAGACUGCAACUACUGGAACUUCAACCACCUGAUCCAUGGGAAAUAGAACCACGGCCUGAAGAGAGCAUCAAACCUGGGGAAGUACAGAUUACCUACUUGACCCAUGCUUGUAUGGAGCUAAAACUGGGUGACAAAAAAAUGAUCUUUGAUCCCUGGCUGAUGGGACCUGCUUUUUCAAGGGGCUGGUGGUUACUCCAUGAACCCCCAUCAGAUUGGCUGGACAGAAUUUGCACAGCUGACUUGAUUUAUAUAAGUCAUAUGCAUUCAGAUCAUCUUAGCUACUAUACUUUGGAGAAGGUGUCCAAGAAAAAGGCUGAUAUUCCAAUUUAUGUGGGAAAUACAUCCAGGCCCGUAUUCUGGUACCUGAAUAGAAGUGGAGUAACAUUAACAAAUAUUAACAUUGUUCCAUUUGGAGUGUGGCAAAAGGUUAAUGAGAACCUCAGAUUUAUGAUACUUAUGGAUGGGAUUCAUCCUGAAAUGGAUACUUGCAUCAUUGUUGAAUACAAAGGACAUAAGAUAUUGAAUACUGUAGACUGCACCAGACCAAAUGGAGGAAGACUGCCUAAAAAUGUAGAUGUUAUGAUGAGUGAUUUUGCAGGAGGAGCUUCUGGGUUCCCAAUGACGUUCACUGGUGGAAAAUAUACUGAAAGCUGGAAAGCUGAUUUUAUCAAAACAGAAAGGAAGAAGCUUUUGAAUUACAAAGCAAACCUUGUAAAAGAUUUGCAGCCCAAGGUCUACUGCCCAUUUGCAGGUUAUUUCACAGAAGCACAUCCAUCUGAUAGGUAUAUCAAGGAGACAAAUACUAAAAUUUCAGCAGAGGAGCUUAACAAUACAAUAAGAAAGUUAACAACUACUGUCUCUACCUGGACCCCAAAACCAGGAGCUACGCUCGACUUAGCAAGAAUUCUUCAGGACCCUACAGACAGCCAAGCUAUAACUGAUCCUCCAGCUAAAACAAAAAUCUACAAAGAUGACUGGGGCUUUGAUAUUUAUAUAAAUGCCAUUGAUGCUUCAAUAAAUGAUGAAAUUUUUAAACAUCAGACAUGGAUGCAGUUUUACUUCAGAUGGGCUGGAUUUCAGGGUUAUGACCUUGUGGUACGAGUGAUUGAAACUGAUGAGGACUUCAAUAAUCAUCCCGAUGGGUAUAACUUCUUGGUUUACUUUAAAGACCUUACAUUUCCAUCAGAUAGACCUGCUCUUGUCCACCGCUAUGAAGAAGUGAAGUGUCGGAUAGGAGUCCUACGGCAUGCGGUCAAGCAUGGUUUGCUGUGGGAUGAUCUAUAUAUUGGUUACCAAACCAGACUGAGCCGGGAUCCAGAUGUCUACCAUCACCAAUUCUGGAACCAUUUUCAGAUUAAACUUCCACUCCAACCUCCCAACUGGGACAGUUUCUUGAAAGACAACAAAUCUUCUCCAUAGGAUUGGUCAUUUAUUUGCUGCAAAGAAAACAACAUUAAAAGCCUAGCAACAUGCACUUAUGCAAAUCAAAAUGUUGGAUUUCAUGCCUUAUGUGUGGCAUUUUGAACAUUGUGGUGUCCUGCCUCAGCAAUGUUGCUGGAUACAAAGAACCAGAAAAAAAAAAGCACUUGAAUAUAUUAAGUGGCACAUUUUAAAUCCUUGCAAAACAUUCAACCUCUCAGAAGUAUGUUUUCACUUAUUUAUUCUUUCUUUGUUCGAUACAGUCAAAGUUUCAUCUGUGCCAACAGAACAGAAUAGUAAAGGCAUGCAUUAAAAUGUUUAGAAUAUAUAGAGAAUAUUGAUUUGUGUUUUAAUCCUGGAAAUGCAUUAUACUGAGAACAUUAGUAUUUCAUAAAGUC